AUGCGAUUCUUUGCAGUGACAACUCUUCUGUUGGCAGUCAUUGCCUUGGCUACUGCCAAGAAGACAGUUAUCAAGGGAUCAGCAUCCUUCCUCGCCAGUGUACCCGAGUUGUGUAUCACAUACCUCGAAAAACUCAUCAAAUGGGAGAUUAUUGUGACAAGCAAAAAGGAAAUUGAUUGGAUCAUCAGCUGGACCAAUACCACCACCUGCCAAGUAUGUCUGAGCAAUGACCUUACGGCGAAGGACCUCAUGCCCUGCAUGGAAUGCUUGGAGCCCCAUGAACAUCAUAUCAUCAAACUGCCUGGCUGCAAGGAAUGCUUCAAAGACAAGGGAGAAAAGCGUUGCUCCGUCUGUCUUGCUGAGGUGGUCUACGUCACGGAAUCGGUGAUCUGCGCGGUGGAGGCAAAGGUCAAGAAGACCAUGACUCUUCUACAUUUGGGCAUGUAA